AUGUACGUGGGACUACUUAGCUUGGUAAGGAGCCUGUUGACUUCUCCGCCUGAACAGCACAGGGAAGUCGCCAAGGAUUCUUCAUUCGACGACCACGGCUAUAUUCAAGGCCUUAUUGCAAAUCGUGGUCCAUGCCCAGGCUUGAACGCCUUAGCAAAUCAUGGGUAUCUACCUCGUGAUGGCCAAAACCUCACCCUUCCACAAGUCGAAGACGCCCUAAGGACCGCUCUUCACAUGGAUACCGUCCUUGCAUCAGCUUUAACUCGUAGUCUCCGCCCGCUCUGCCGAGACAAGGGCACCUUCGAUCUUCGGGACCUACGAAGACACAAUGUAGUUGAGCAUGAUGCAUCAUUCACACGACUGGACUUCCGCCAAGGUGACAAUUACACCUUUCAGCCUGCCCUGUUCAACGCACUCCUCGAUGAUGCUGACGGCGGUCCUGUCACAAUCAAAUCUCUCGCCAAGACAUAUGUCCGACGCCGGAAGGAGAGUGAGGCCGUAGGCUCGCCUAAACUACCACUUAAUCUAUGGUUUGUUAACCUCCUACAAACUGUCUCCUUCUUAAACACUGCGCAAAUGGGAGGGAAGCUGUCCAGGGAGACUAUGACUACCUUCUAUACCGAGGAAAGAUUUCCGGAGGAGAUUUUGAAGAACAAGACGCCUCGUACACUGUUUGGUUUGGUUGGAAGCGCAUUGAUCCUCUUGUUCUAUAUUGUGUUUUACACAUAG